CACCCAAAACAGGAAGAGUCGCUUGGUUAGCAGCAACCCUUCCAAGGAGUGGUGUGGCGUAAAUAGGCUCGAGUUUUCCAGGAUGAAACAAUGCCCUCCUUCUGUUGAAGACGGUGUCUGGAAGCUAAUGAAUUUGUGAAUAAAUUUAUGACAGUGAUCAUUUCGCUAUGACUGUGUUAUGAAGGAGUAGCUGUCUCAUAAGGCUUUGUUAUUGUUAUUGUUGUUGACAGUUGUGAUCACGCAGACUAAAGGAAACGUUAGAUAAGUUGAGCUCCACAGCAAUACCCACCUCUCUCCUCGGGGCUGCCGAUUACAAGACUCUAGCAUGCCAAAGGAGGCAGACCACCUUGAGGGUGAAGCAGACAAGGAGUCGAAGGAGGAGAGGGCACAGGAUGCUUGUGAGGAAACAGUGAGGAAUACAAUCCGAGCAAAUACUCCACAAGCCAGCCCCCCUAGGUUUGUCUCUGUGGAAGAGCUGAUGGAGACUGCUGAAAGAGUCACCAACAUGGCUUUGGCUCAUGAAAUAAUGGUUAACCAGGCUUUUCAAGUCAAACCUGCAGAACUUCCUGAAGGAAGUUUGGAGCGCAGAGUGAAGGAAAUUAUGCACAAAGCAUUCUGGGAUUGUUUGGAAGCACAGUUGAAGGAGGAUCCACCAUCUUACGGACAUGCCAUCAAACUACUCGCUGAGAUCAAAGAGACACUGCUGUCCUUCUUGCUCCUGGGCCAUGGUCGUCAGCGCUCCCGUAUCGAGGAGGUUCUGGACCUGCCUCUAAUCCAGCAGCAGGCUGAGAAUAGAGCUCUUGAUAUUGGUCGCUUGUCCCAGUUCAUCGUUGGGAUGAUGGGCUUGCUGUGCGCCCCCUGCAGAGACAAGGACAUCAAUAAGCUAAAGGAGAUCUCAGAUAUUGUGCCUCUGCUCAAGGCGAUAUUCUCAGUUCUGGACUUGAUGAAGGUAGACAUGGCUAACUUUGCCCUGACCAGCAUCAGGCCUCAUCUGAUGCAGCAGUCUGUUGAGUAUGAGAGGAAAAAAUUCCAGGAGUUUCUGGAGAAACAACCAAAUGCCUUAGACUACACUGAGAAGUGGCUUGAGGACACAGUGAAAUGCUUGAGAGAGGCUGGGCUGGAUGGUUCUAGUGCUGCCUCAUCUGACCCUCCCUCACUCCUCUCCCUUAAUGUCCAUAAUCAUGCGUAUCUACGCCUGCUGAGGUGGGACCAUACCUCAGACCCCUUCCCAGAGACAGUGUUGAUGGAUCAGGUUAGGUUCCAGGAGAUGAGGCUGGAGGCUGAUCGGUUAGUUCUGCUCUCCUCUGUGCUCCUGAUUGUCUACACUACAACAGGGGAGGCCAUUUCUGGCCUCCCGGGGCUGAUGGAGACUCUUAAAAAUACCAUCAAUAUAAUGCUUGCAGACAUGCACACAGCAUCUUUCAGUGCACAUGAGGCUUUAGCGACCAUCGGAGAGAAACUGUGUGUUGAGCUAAGUCAGUGUCUAAGCCAACAUGGCUACUCUCCAUUCUCUGCUGACCGGAAGAGCAUUUUGAGGGGACAAAUCUCAGCUACCAUCCAGCCAGACAACACAGUCCGCAAGCUGAUGGAGUCUCGGCUUCAGACCUACCUCCUAGCUUCCCUGGAGUACAGUCAACAUAAGACCCCUCCUCCUCUCCCAGGAGGUCUGGCUCCAGUCAGCAGGGAGCUGAAGGAGCUUGCUGUUCACUUCAGUCGCCUUGUCAACUUCAACAAGCUGGUCUUCUCCCCGUUCUACCAAAAAAUUCUCCAGAAAAUACUGACAGCAGGGGAGAGUCCUGACACGGAGAUGUAAAAACUACAAUGUGGAAUUAUAUUUAUGUGCAAAGUGGUCUGUAGUUUUGAAAUUUCCCUCACUAGUAACAUUUAAAAUUUAGUGAAAUUAGUUGAGUAAGCUGAUCUGUAAUCAGUUGAGAAAAGCCAGCUCCCUAGAGCGUUCACCUAAAACUUACAUAACUAAAAAAUACUGGCCACCAACUCUAUUACAUUAACUCACAGUGUUGCUUAUUUGAUAAAUCUCAGGCCUCAUAAAUGUGACCUCAAGAUAGUUAUCUUGCAUAAACUUGUGUUCAGUAUUACUAGCAGGGCUGGGUUAUGGCGUUUAAUUAGUCUCAAAACCCGCAUGCAUAAAAACCAGGUGCAUGCAUGCGAUACGAGUACACAGGACAGUAAGCGCGAGCACAAAAACAACAUUUCUGCUCCGUGUGCACAACUGCAGUCCCAUGAGCACAGGGGUGUGACGAGCGCGAGCUCAAGCUUCCAUACACACUUGGAACUGCUCAAGGGUCGUUCGAUUGUUCGUCAAGCCGAUUUAACUUUUAAUCGAACCACACUCCUUUCUGUAGUUACAUUUUAGAUAUUCAUAAUAGCAUUUCUCUUGGUCAAAAUUGUAUUCUCAAUAGUCAGAAUGAUAAUUAAAGAUAUCCACAAUAACAUUCUUACUAGAAAAAAUUGUAUUUCAGGAUAUCUACAACUUUGAUUUUAAAAGUCUAAACUAAAGAUAUGUCUAAAGACCUCAAAAAGUAUGUGAAGGUUUUAACAUUUAACAGCUAGACUGGGCAUAUAUUGCAGAUAUCUGUAAUUCAGUUUUUCCUAGUCAAAAGUAACAUUUCAGAUAUCCACAAUUUUUCCUAUCCACAAUUGUCAUUACAGAUAUCCACAACGUCACUUGUCAUCACUUUUGCCAUUAAUGUGCAUUGGACUUUCAAUUUCAGAUAUCCACAAUUACAUUUUUGAUAUCCAGAAUGUUCAGUCUUGUGCACUCAGAGCAUAAAUGCUUCCUUGCAAGGACGGUUUUUGCAGAUACUGUUCUGUGUACUUGUAUCAUUUGCAUGCACCUGUUUUUUAUGUGCACAGGUUUUGAGACUAAUUAAAUGCCAUACUAGGUAUCAUUAUAUAGUUGGAUACCCAUGCCAAUACAAUUCCUUGGUUUUAGUACAAAUACCACAACAAGACUUACUGUUAUGGUUACCACACUUUGCAUAGUAUAAGCAGAUUUCUUUCUAAAAAAAACCCCAAAAACUGGCUAAGUAUAGUAUGAAAUUUACAAAACCGGGAAGUACAUUCUCAAAUAUCUAAUUAAAGAUUAAGUUUACAAGACAAGGAUCAGGAUUCAUUUAUCAGGUGUCAUAGAGUAGGAAAUCAGUUCUCACUUGCCAACAAUUUUCAGAGCUAAGUAUAUUUGUCUUGCUUUUGGGCCUAGAAUCAUUUUAUCAAUGUUCAUAGCCCAGGAAAACAGCCCAUAUCUCUGCACAUUUUUAGGAGUUACAGAGGUGUCCCAAACUGUCUGGAGAUGCCAGGAGAAGGCCUACAGGCAGAGAUGUGAGCACAUUCCAUAGUAGGAGAGAAAACUUGGAAACGCUUGAUGACAAUGAGCUUGUUAAAGGAAUAUUUUGACAUUUUGGGAAAAAAAUUUUUAUUAGCUUUCUAAGUGAAAGUUAGAUGAGAUCAUCAAUACCACUCUCAUGUCUGUCUGGUAAAUAUAAGGCUACGGCCAGCAAUGGAUUUGCGUAGCUUAGUACAAAGAAUGCAAACAGGAAAACAACUAGCUUUGUUCAGUCCAAAGGCUACAAAAUCAGUCUACGGGCACCUCUGAGGCUUGCUAGUUAACACAUUGUAUCUCAUUUUUUAAAUAUGUACAAAAACUUAAGUCUAAAAACAACAAAUUGUGGUUUUACUGGAGGUUUUGUUCUGGACUAUUAGCUGAGCUAUAGUCUUGAGGCCUGUAUUAAGAAGUAGGAUUUGGGGUUAGUGAGGUAACUGAAGGGGUUAACCCUGGGUUUUCAGGGUUACGACAGUGGUUCACUCUUUACCGGGGUACAUCAUCUUUGUAACUGCUGCACACCUAACCUGCUCCAUUGAGCUUAGUGCGCGGAUCGUGAGAGGGUCUUUUUGGAGGGGAAGAGUGUUCAGAGGCUGUCAAAGCCCUUGAGCUUUCCUGACUAUUUUUUUUUAUAUGAUCGACCAUCAUUAUUGCAGAGGGCCAAUUCCUCAGCAGGAGUGUACUCCUGUCUAGGAGGGCCCCCUUCUGUCUUCCUCAUUUCAUUUUUUGUUCCUGUCAUUGUGCUUUUGUAUACUGAUUUCAUCCUACAACAGAGACUGAUUGAAGAACUAAAGCCUUAUACUUGUUGUACUUAUAAGAUAUUAAAGUAAGCCUACUUACUGCUUUGAAAUAUGUUUUAUAUUUAUGUAUUUUUAAGGCCAAAUUGUCAUACACGCCCUAAGAAUACAUCUAGGCAACACAUUCAUUUAAUGGAAUUCACAAAUGUAAUUAUAGUCAGACCUACUUGUGCCCUAAUGAUGGGGCAGUGAUAUCAUGAGCCUAUUAACUUAUGCAUUCACACAUUUGGCGAUUUUUUUUUGCCGGCUGUCAUUCCUGCAUUUAGCAGCUGCAAGUCUUGCUUUUAACCUGGAAUAUGUGUAUAACUUCGUAUUUUUCUAAUAUAGUUUGCUCUUCCUUUGUCAAAGAUGCCGAUUUGCUGCCAGUAGACUUGUCCAUGUUUGCGAUUGGUCAUAUGGUGCAAACACCACCCCUUUCACGUGAACGCGCUCGAGAAAACCUGGGUUGACUUACCGAGUGGAUAACCACCAUCGUUUGACCGCUUAGUG